AGCCCCUCCUCAACUUUUCACAACGAAGAUUGCUUCUCCCAGGAAUAUAUUCCUAUUAGAAUACACUCUCCAAUAAGUGUGACAUUGAUUUCUUCAUCAUUAGAAAUGGCCUCCUUUUCCUUUCUCUUACUACUCAUCAUUUCUUUCAUGGCCUCCCCUUUGCUAUCUUUAGCUUCCAGGCAAGACUCAAGGAUCCCCAUUAUCUCAGCUUCACCAUCUUCAAAUCCACUUCAGUCUCCUUUCCAAGAAUUGUCACCUGACAUUGCUCCCUUGCUCCCCACUCCUGGCGGAGCGGUGCCUACUACUGGCUCCUCCAUCCCCACUAUUCCCUCCAGCCCCAGCCCCCCAAAUCCAGACGACUUCUCAAUCCUGGGCCCUGACUCUGCCUUUCCGCCUUCUGCGUCUUUUCCGCCUUCAUCCACUGCUCCUGAAAGUUCAGCUAGGUCUCUAAACUUGGCUGCUUUUGUACUUGUACUAUCUUAUUACGCUAGGCUGAUUGCCUGAUGCUAAUUUCUCUCUUUCAUUUUCUUCUUCUCCUAUGGUACAUUAUACGGUGUAUUUAGCUUCUUUCUUAGUUACAAUUUGUUGCUUUUGUCGCUCUUUUAAUAAUUUAUUAGAGUUGUAUGCUUGUAUUCUUUGAGAUAUUAGAGAUAAAUUCGAAUUUCGCUUAGCAUUAGAAACCCUCAUGGAUCUUUAACAAAAUCUACCAUGUAAGCUGAUGCUUCAGCCCACCACCCCACCAAAAAUAUAAAGUUGAUGCUUAUUG